AUGGCUACUUUACCAUUCUCUGCAGCUCAAUCGAAUUCAAUUUCACGUUCCGCAUUUGUUUCAGGCUUCAACUACAGAGCUAGUCAUUCAAAUCUUUUCUUUGUUAGAACCCCACGAUUUUUCAGUCGUUCAACAAGAAGAAACUUGUCUGUUAAAAACAUUGGGAGUGACCAAAGGCAAGAAUUGAAAGACCCCACGGUCAAUGUAGAGGGUUCUUGUUGUUCUACUCAAAAGCUUCUUCCCUUUUCUACUUCUUUAGAUACCUUCGAACCUGAUUCAGCAUCUAUUGCAGCCCAAAGCGUUCGUGACUCACUAGUUAUAAAUUGGAAUGCCACAUACGGGUACUACGAGACGAUAAAUGUAAAGCAGGCUUAUUAUCUGUCUAUGGAGUAUCUACAGGGGAGAGCAUUGCUAAAUGCAAUUGGUAACUUGGAUCUAUCAGGAGCUUAUACUGAUGCUUUGAGAAAGUUGGGCCACAAGUUAGAGGAUGUAGCUGGACAAGAACCGGAUGCUGCACUGGGGAAUGGGGGCUUAGGGCGGCUUGCUUCUUGCUUUCUAGAUUCCUUGGCAACACUGAAUUAUCCUGCGUGGGGGUAUGGACUCAGGUACAAAUAUGGGUUGUUCAAACAACUCAUCACAAAAGUUGGUCAGGAGGAAGUUGCAGAAAGUUGGCUUGAGAUGGGCAAUCCAUGGGAAAUUGUAAGAAACGAUGUCUCCUAUCCAGUGAAAUUCUAUGGAGAAGUUUUUUCCAAGCAUGAUGGAAGUAAAGAAUGGAUUGGAGGAGAAAACAUCACAGCUGUUGCCUAUGAUGUCCCAAUUCCUGGAUAUAAAACUAAGACCACAAUAAACCUUCGAUUGUGGUCCACUAAAGUUGCACCAAAUGAAUUUCAUUUACUUGCUUACAAUGCAGGAGAUCAUGCCAAGGCAUAUGCAGCUCUAAAGAAUGCUGAAAAGAUUUGCUACAUAUCAUACCCUGGGGAUGAAUCAAUAGACGGCAAGACUCUACGGUUGAAACAACAAUAUACACUAUGCUCUGCAUCUCUCCAAGAUAUAAUUGGUCACUUUGAAAGGAGAUCAGGGAAGCCUGUGGAUGGGAAAAAAUUUCCUGAUAAGGUUGCUGUGCAAAUGAAUGACACUCAUCCAACACUUUGCAUCCCGGAGCUGAUAAGAAUUUUGAUGGAUUUGAAGGGUUUGAGCUGGAAGGAAGCAUGGGAUAUUACUCAGAGAACUGUUGCAUACACAAAUCACACAGUUCUGCCUGAGGCUCUGGAGAAAUGGAGCUUAGACCUUUUGCAGGAAUUGCUGCCUCGACAUGUUGAGAUCAUUAAGAUGAUUGAUGAAGAGCUGAUUCAUACCAUAAUUGCAGCGUAUGGCACAGAGGAUCUCGACUUGUUGCAGCAAAAGCUAAAGCAAAUGAGAAUUCUUGAUAACAUUGAGUUGCCUGACUCAGUUCUAGAACUUUUAGUUAAACCAAAAGAAAGUUCUGCUGUUGACUCCGUUGAGGAAGUUGAAGUCUCAGAUGAAGAAACUGAAUCUACUGAUGAACAGCAGUCUGAAGAGCAGGACAUUGAUGAGAAAAAUGAGGUGACAUUUGAGCCAGAUCCAAAACUGCCAAAGAUGGUCCGAAUGGCUAAUCUAUGUGCCGUUGGUGGGUCUGCAAUAAAGGGAGUUGCUGAGAUUCACAGCGAAAUAGUAAACAAUGAAGUAUUUAAUGAGUUCUAUAAUUUGUGGCCUGAGAAAUUUCAGAAUAAAACAAAUGGGGUGACACCAAGAAGAUGGAUUCGUUUUUGUAAUCCAGAUCUAAGUAAAAUCAUUACCAAGUGGACUGGAACGGAUGGUUGGGUCUUAAACUCGGAGAAACUGUCGACACUUGGAAAGUUUUCUGAUAAUGAAGACCUCCAAUCUGAGUGGAGGGAAGCAAAAAGGAGAAACAAGAUCAAGGUUGCGGCCUUCCUUGAAGAAAUGACUUGA